AUGGAUACCCAACUUGUUGACUUUCACGAACUAACGACAAGAAAUAAAAACAUGUCAACGACUAGUGAUAGAGCGUGUUUGGUGUGCGGCGACCGUACGGUCAGCGGGACACAUUUCGGGGCAAUCACUUGUGAGUCGUGUAAAGCCUUUUUUCGCAGAAAUGCACUCAACAAUCAAAAUAAAUAUGUUUGCAUUUCUGCGGGUAAUUGCAAAAUAGAUGUCGAAACCAGAAUAUAUUGCAAGAAAUGUCGUUUGGAUAAGUGUUUUGCCAUCGGAAUGAAAAGUAGUUUGAUUAUUGUUAAACAAAAACGUGGCGUAAAUCCAGAUAUUAAUGGAAAUUAUGAAAAUACACAACAAUUAAACAAUAAAUUACAAGUGAAUGGAAAUAUGUUUGAUAACAAUAAAUGCAAGACAAUUAAUGAACAAAAUAAUAAACUAUCAAAUAAUCUAAACGUAAAUCAAUUAACUGCUAACAAACUGAACUCAAACAAUACAAUCAAACCUCUAGUUAUGCCAAUUAUAAGACCAAUCAGUGAUUACAGCAAUACAUUCAAUGAAUUAGAGAGCAAUAGAUUGUGUGAAUUGUUGGACGCGUUAAAACUGAUGGUCUAUCCGGUGGUCAAUACCGGGGAUCAGCUAAUCCUCCAGAACUUUAUGGAAGCACACGAUGUGGUGCUCGACCGACAGGAACACGAGAUUCAAAACAUUAUUAAAAUGUCCAAAAGUCUGCACACAUUUAAUUCGCUAACUGAACAUGAUAAACUAGUUUUAAUUAAAUACUCGGCCAUUCCCAUUAAUAAUUUGCGAUUGUUAAUGAAAUUUGAUUAUGAUGAUAUGGCGUGGACUGUAUGCACGAAAAAUGGCCUGUUUAAUGUGCGACUAGAUUUGUUCAAGAUGAGUUCAAAUAUGGAUCCAUAUAAUAUUCAUCAUAAUUUUCUGACAAGUAUGGGUCUUGAAUGGGAUUCAGAAGUUCUGGCCAUUCAUUUACUAUACUACUAUUUAACCCAAACUGUCCAAAACUUAUAA